UAAAAGUAGGUAGAACAGCAUAAGUGAUGCUAUAUCUUACAGUAUGUAGAGUGAUGGACGGUAUGUAAAUAUUAUAAAUAUGUAUGCUCAGAGAAGUGGUCAGACAUAAUGAGCAUUCUGACGUUAACGUGUGUAACUGUGGUUAAGCGGGUGCUCUGGCUGUUCAUUUACCUUCGUCCUGUCUCUAGAUGGGGCCCUCUGCAAAAACGUCACUGCCCUUCUGCGUGUGAGUGCGCGCGUGCGUCCGCUUCACUUUUCCAAUCUCGCUUCUUUUCAGCGCGAGGACAGCGGACACUCCGGGAUCAAUCGCUGUGACGGCGCCGCGCGCGGCUCGUCUCUGUCGGACCGUGCUUUAUUGUUUUGUCCUCUGAACCCGCAUCUGGUCCGCACCUUCAGGUCCGAGUCCUCCGCGACCUGGGAAGUGCCGCUGUCUCCGUGGGCCCGGCUGCUGACCUGGAAAACAACGAGGGCAGAAGCUCCAGCAGGAGAAGAAGAAGAAGAAGAAGAAGCUGUGCUCCUGGAACUGGAUGAAACUACCAUCUUUAUUAUUCCUGAUACUUUCCUGUGAGUGAAAAGUGAAGAGUGAAGAGUGAGCUAUGAGCACAUUCCUGAGGAGCUGGAUCUGGAUGCUUUUCUUGUCUCCUAACCUGAGAUGUGACGCUGAUCCAGGUCCUGAUACAGAUGGUCUGGCUGAAGCUCAAAGUGGUGCUGCACCUACAGCUGAAGGUUAUUUCCUGGAGUUCCAGGGGCCAGUCAACAACAUCACCCACUUCCAGGGCCAGACAGCCACGCUGCACUGCAGAGUGACGGGAAACCCUCGACCCUCCAUCCGCUGGCUGAAGAACGAUGCCCCUGUGGUCCAGGAGCAGGGACGCAUAACCAUCCGCAAGACGGAGGCGGGGUCAAAGCUCCGCAUCCAGGACCUGGACACCACAGACACUGGCUACUAUCAGUGUGUCGCCUCCAACUCGCUCAAGGUCAUCUCUGCCACAGGCGUCCUGUAUGUUAAACUAGGACAGGUGCCCACACAUGGCCCAGAUCAACCGUCACGUGAGAAAGGUUUCUGCCAGCCAUACCGAGGCAUCGCCUGCGCUCGCUUCAUUGGCAACCAGAGCAUCUACGUGGAGUCGCUGCAGAUGCAGGGGGAGAGUGAAAACCGCAUCACAGCUGCUUUCACCAUGAUUGGCACCUCCACCCAUCUGUCAGAUCAGUGCUCCAGGUUUGCCAUCCCGUCCUUCUGCUACUACGUCUUCCCUCUGUGUGACGAGGGCUCUAGGGGCCCUCGGCAGCGUCAGCUCUGUCGAGACGAGUGCGAGGCCCUGGAGAACGACCUGUGCCACGCCGAGUACACCAUCGCCCGCACCAAUCCCAUGAUCCUCAUGCAGCUGAAGCUCCCCAGCUGCCACCUACUGCCACGGCCCGGCACACCUGACGCUGCUUCCUGUAUGAGGAUAGGAGUGCCACAGGAAAAACUAGGUCCAUAUUCCCCCACAGAUGACAUCUGCUACAAUGGAAGUGGGGCUGACUACAGGGGCACAGUCAGCAUCACGAAAUCCGGUCACCACUGCCAGAGAUGGAGCACUCAGUACCCUCACGCUCACCAUCUGUCCCAGGAUUACCCCGAGCUCUGGUCAAGUCACAACUUCUGUCGCAACCCAGGAGGCCAGAUGCAGGCGCCUUGGUGUUUUACCCAGGACCCUCAGGUCAGGGUGGACCUGUGUGACAUCCAGCCCUGCAGGCCUCCAGACAACCCCAGGAAGGAGAUCCUGUUCAUUCUAAUCCCCGCCAUCGCCAUCCCACUGGUCAUCGCUUGCCUCUUCUUCCUGGUGUGUAUGUGUCGCAAUAAGCAAAAGGCUUCGACUGACACACCACCUCACUGCCAGCUCAGCAGCUCACCCAGCCAGGACAUGGAGCUGUCUCUGCUCAGUCAGCAGAAACACCAGGGGAAGCUGCGGGAGAUCAACAUGUCGGCGGUACGCUUCAUGGAGGAGCUUGGUGAGGAUCGUUUUGGCAAGGUUUACAAGGGCCACCUGUACGGCACCACACCUGGUGAGCAGAGCCAGGUGGUAGCCAUCAAGACUUUAAAAGACAAGGUCGACACCGCUCUCUGUGAGGAGUUCCGCCAUGAAGCCAUGCUCCGCUUCCACUUACAGCACCAGAACAUAGUUUGUCUGCUGGGUGUGGUCACCAAAGAGCAGCCAAUGAGCAUGAUAUUCACCUACUCCAGCCUGGGUGACCUGCACGAGUAUCUGGUGAUGCGCUCCCCCAACUCAGAUGUGGGCAGCUCAGAUGAUGACAAGACAGUCAAGUCCACUCUGGAGCAGGCUGACUUUCUUCAUGUCAUCACCCAGAUCGCUGCUGGAAUGGAGUACCUCUCCAGCCAGCAAGUCGUUCACAAAGACCUCGCUGCCCGGAACAUUCUAGUCUUCGACAAACUCAGUAUCAAGAUCUUGGAUCUGGGCCUGUUCCGAGACGUCUACUCUGCUGAUUACUACAAUCUCAUGGGCACAAGCUCUUUCCCCAUUCGCUGGAUGUCCCCAGAAGCAAUAAUGUACGGCAAGUUCUCCACAGAAUCCGACAUCUGGUCAUAUGGUGUGCUGCUGUGGGAGACUUUCAGUUAUGGGCUGCAGCCGUAUUGCGGCUACUCUAACCAGGACGUGAUCGAGAUGGUCCACAGCCACCAGCUGCUGUCCUGUCCAGACGACUGCCCGGCCUGGAUUUACACCCUCAUGCUGGAGUGUUGGAGUGAGUUCCCAGCAAGAAGGCCUCGCUUCAAGGACAUCCACACACGUCUGCGCACCUGGGAGAGUCUGUCCAACUGUAACAGCUCUGCUCAGACGUCUGGCACCAGCAACACAACCCAGACCAGUUCUCUCAGCACCAGCCCUGUGAGCAACAUCAGCAUGAGCACAGCGAACGCAUCACGCUACACCAGCCCUAAAAAGAGCCUGCCUUUCCAUCAGCCCCAGUUCAUGGCCAUGAAGGGUCAAAUGCAUCGGCCCAUGGUUCCCCCACAGCUCUACAUCCCCGUCAACGGGUAUCACCCCAUGUCACCUUACCCCUACCUGCAGAACUUUUACCCCAUGCAAAUACCCAUGGCCAUGCCCCACCAGCAGAUGCACCACCCACCACAAAUGGUUACCAAAGCUAGUUCUCACCAUAGUGGCAGUGGAUCCACAUCUACAGAUUAUGUCACCUCUGCUCCUUCCAGUGCCUCUAUCACAGAGCGAGCAGCUUUACUAAGUGAGAACUCCAAGACCAAUGAUGAGGACUUAGCCGACGGGGCAUCCCAGAAGGAGCUGGACCGGAAUGAGGACUUGUCAGUGCCUGAAACAGAAUUGUUAGGUGACAAUGACCCUCCGCAGACUGAUGAACUGGCGGUCAACCUGUCAGACACAUAAGUGUGUUGCUGUCUGACGGACAGCAGAGCUGAAAUAUUCUGUGAGCUGUGCUUGCUUGCCAAAAAUUCAGUGAGCAGCAUAAAGUAAAAGUGACUGAAUGUUUUCUAUGAGUUUUUUAGCUAUUACUGACACAUUUGAAUGUCAAGUGUGUCUCAUGUUUGUACCUCUCACACGCCUGUGUCUUGCCCCCACCACCCACCCUCCCACUUCAGAUGACACGCACCUCUUUACAGGCACCACAACCUACCAGAAGGAAUUACUAGUUCAGCAGAAAGUGAGGCUACGUCCACACUACUACUACGUUUCCUCCUGCCGUCCACACCGCUCCAAAUUUUUCAGCCCCUGAAACAGAAACUUUCAGAAACUCUGCUGAACCUGUUUUAUUUUGAAAGCUCUGGGGUUGUGUUCUAUCUGGACCUUUGGAAACAAUGAUAUAAACACCCACGGUCUCUCCUGAUUGGCUCUCAUCAGCUUGGACUUCCAGUGGUGAAUACAACAUGAUAAUGAAUUACAGUGUUACUGUAAUUGUUAUUUUUGCUAGCAGCUGUUGUUCACUUACAUUCUGUAUUUUAACACCACGACUGUCUUUGCUGUUCCUCGUUCAGAGGAUUUUCUACAACUUAUCAACGGCAGAGUAGUUAAUCUGCUUCCUUUUUACACCGACUCGCACAUGCUCAGUGCACAUGAGCGGCCAUGUGAUAUGUGUUUUCAGGUGUGAUAGUCUGGACAGUUCAUUUCUGAUACGCAGCUAAAACACUCAUCUGGAUGAAGAUCAUUUUUGUUUUAAACCAUUGUUUUAAAAUGAAAACGUAGUAGUGUGGAUGUAGCGUGAUAUGAUCCCUCACCGUCUUCCCACCCACUUACAAUAACAGUUGUGUUUACCAAGCUGGAAGUGUUGCUGCCGGGACCCAGAAUCGAACCCAGGUUUUUGUAGUGGUGGAUAAAUGCUGAGCUUGAGCGAAUCUCCUUCACACCUUAAAGACAAUUUAAUGUUGUUUUUGAAGUUACUAUUUUAUGGUUUGUGAAACAAUCACAGAACAAUAGAAUGUAUGAUAAAUAAAAUAUUACAGGAAUUUUGAAAGUAACUUUGUUAACAGUUAAAUUCACUGAGAUGUAUUUUUGAACUCACAUCUAUUAAAAAAAAAAAAAGAAAAAAAAAAAAGGACAAAGUCUUAUUGAAUUUAUUUUUUGAAGCCAUUGACAUAUGUUUUAUUCCAUGUGACAUAUUUCCCCCCAGGCUGAUAUAUUUUACAUCAACUUUGAUAACCAAGUUGUACAGAUUUGUAAUUUUAUUUGUUUAUAGUUUUCAUUACUGGUGAAUAUUGCUAAGCCUAGUGUUAAUAUGAUGUUUGUUUGUUUGUGUCCACCACUUUUUUUUUUUGCUUCCCAUACAUUGUGUGCAUCCAUCUGUGGAGUAUCCAGUAAAGUCAUGUGAAUAAAAUGGUGUAUGUCGCCUUGGUAAGAGAAGAAUAUCACGUGCUGUUGCUGUCACUUUUUUAUUAUGUUUUGUCAUUAAAAGUACACUGUACAGUCAUUUAUUGUUGAUACUAAUAAAAGAAUCUAAGGAAUCAUAAACUAUCUUUCUGUUGGGUUU